AUGGGGAAUGAAAAGGUUUUUAUCUCCGGCAUUGAAAACAAUGGGAAUGAACCUUUACCAGAAUUUAAACCGAAACAGGAGGUGCUGCAGUUCCAUUUAAAUGAUUCAAGUUCGCCUAAUGCUGAUAUGCCGAUUAUUGAGGAGGUCAAAACACCCAUUGCCACGGACGCUAGCCAAUCUGAAACUGAAAGCCUUGUUAAAGACCUUUCAGUGGGCUUUGAUCAUUUAAAAUCGGGCGACGCAUCAGAAAUGGAAUUUCCCAUGCAUCUGCCGGUUGUCAGCCAGCCUGAAUCUGAGGGCUUUGCUUAUGAGCCUUCGUUUGAUUCCAAAACCCCCAAAUUGAGUCAUCAGGAAAUAGCUGUUUCACAAGCAAACGAUACAUUGAGUGCAAUUCUCGCUAACACUGAAGCACAGUUCUCAGCUGAUUUUGAAGGUGGUGAGCCCGAAUUUUCAAGUCUUGGCAACGAGCCUCCGAUGGAAUUUGAAACCUUUCUGAUGGCGCAGAAAGAAGCGAAUUAUGCAUCGAAUGCGGAUUUCAAUGAGGUUGAAGAGACUCCAGUGAAUCUGCCAAUUCCUGGUCAAUUUAUUAAUGAUCUUAACGAAGAACUCACAGCGGAGUCCAGAAAUAUCCAUCUGCACAGUUCGCAUUUAGGGGUUGAGGCUGAAGUCUUCCAGUUCGAUCACUCGAAAUCUACAGUUUCUCAUUUCAAUGACGGAGUGAGUAAAGGUUCUGGUGAUCUUGAGGGAAGCCUUGUAGAUCUGCCGAUUACUGAAAAAGCUAAGAUUGAACACGUUUUGGAACGUUGCGAACCCACAACCGAGGAUUUUAAAAGUGAUAGUGUAACAGAAUCGGGUAUUUCUCGAUCGGGGCGAAAUAAUGCAGUGGCAUUCCGAACCGACGAGGCAUCAACCCUAAGCUCAGCAGCUUAUGUAGGUGGUGAUUUUGAUGAUGAACGUCCAACGAAAAUAGGCACUAUGCAGGCGGUUUCCUUGGGAUCUACCGUUCCUCACCUAAACAAAGGAUUGGAUGAAACUUCUGCCGAAUUUAAUGAGAACUCUGCGGACCUAUUUCUUGUUGAAGAAACAAAGAUUUCCACUGCUUUGGGUGCUCGCGAACCUGGGGUUGAGGUUCCUCAAGAUGAAACAACAGUGGAUCAUGAAAAGCCAAUGUUUUCACAAACUAGCGGUCCAUUGAGUUUAAGCUCCGUUGAUAUCGAAGAGAGCUCUGUUAAGUUGCCUAUUAUUGAGAAAACAGAGAUUCCCAUUCUUGUGGGAAAUAACCAAUCUGGUAUUAGAAAUCUUUCCAGUGACCUCGAAAGGUCACAUGUGGAUAGUUUGGAGCCGGUGAUGCUACAACUCAAAGACACACCGAUUCAAGGUUCUCUCAAUAAUGUGGAAGUUAAGAAACCUGAAACCGGUUUAGGCGUUGAACCUCCACUUGAAAUCAGAGUUGAACCCUUAAUGGCAGUGAUUUCUCACCUAAACGAAAAAUGUCGUGAAAGUCUGAAGGAACUUGAAGAGAGUCCCUUGGAUCUGCCAGCUAUUGAAGAUGUUAAGAUUUCUACCACUUUAGAUACCUAUAACCCUGAGGAUGAUGAAUCCUGGCGUCCGCAAGCUGCUGGAUCAAUGGACUUCACUACCGCUGAUGUCAAAGAGGGUCCCAUGGGUUCGCCAACUGUCAAAGAGCUGAAGGCUUCCUUUACUACGGAAGCUGGCCACUCUAAUGCUGAAGACCUUGGUAAUGAACCUACGAUGGGAUUCGAAGCCUUCCAAUCAGUUCACUCAGAGUUGGCAGAUCAUCGCACUAAUGACAAUUUGGAGAGGGGUCCUAUCGAGACGGAAUCGAGAAUUCCUUCUAAUUUUGGAGCACAAACUGAAUGUCUGGACAGAGAAAAUUCAAAGGAAAUCGAUAAUCCCCCACAGAAUUUCUCGAUCCCUGCCGUUGCGUCCACCACCCAGGAGAAGUCAAGCUCUGAAAAUUUGUUAAAAGAGGCAAUGCAGCAGUAUCUUAAUCCCGAAAUGGUAGCAGAAGUUAGGCAGGAGGAUUCCACAGCCAUUCAUCAAGCAGUUUUCACUAAGUGUACACUUGCAGCAUCUCCCACUGAAAGAUCUACGGGUUUAGACUUGGUGACUAGUGAAUCUGAUAACUCCCUUUUCAGUGAGACUAGUGAUUCUUCGAAAGCCACUAAAAACCCGUUAAGUGGUGAGGUCAAGGUAAAGGUCUUCUCCGUACGAACUAAAAAGCGAGGUGUGUCGACAGAUGCGGGGGUAAAGGAACAUAAGGAAGGUAUGUUUAAAAAAGAUUCUUUUGGUGGUGAAGAGGCAUAUUGGGGUGAUACAGAGUGGGAUAGCAGUAAUGCUAAAGAACAAAAUAAAACUUUAAAAGCAGAAGAUUCGCCUCAGUCUCAUUCGAUUAAACGCAUAGAACUAGGUGAUGCAAAUGUUUUUGAGGUUGUCGCUGAACCAGUUUUGGAUGUUAAGGCUUUUCAAAGUGAUUUCGAACAGGCUGGCAUCGGGCUCGAAGCCUCUGUGAAAACUGAAGAGAGAUUCUCCCAUCUAUACGAUUUUACGACCAAAGUUGAAGCUGUGAAUGUCCUGACAACUGACAAUCGGGAUGAAAACACGGAAGAUGAGUUUGGUGAAGUUAAAAGUUCUAAUGAGGAUCAUUUAGAGCUUAAUAUCACUGAAAAUUUAUCGAAUGGUGAAUCACAAUUACUUUCUUCAACUUUGAAGAGCGGCAAUGAAAAAGGGAGAGUAAAAUUUGAUGAGGAAUUGCAUCACCUAACAGGUGAACACAUAUUGAACCCCAUAGAUGAUACAAAGGCGGAAGAUAUGGGGGGCUUUGAGAAAAUAUCUGAGCAAAUUGAGGAAUCGUGCAUUGGAAAAUCUGUUUGUACAGCAGAGUGUGACGCUUUUGUUGAACAUUCUGAUGACGUGCCUUUGCACGAUACGAAUUGGGGUGAUUUUGGUGAGUCUAACAGGAGCACUACGAUUGAUGGUGCAUCUAGGCUUAAGACUUCAGAAGAGAAUAUGAAAGAUGUUGUUUACUCGGAUUUGAAGGAUGUUUCAGAAAGCUCUGAAAAAACGUCGGCUUUUGCCUUAAUCGAGGCUUCUAAACCAUCAAAUUUCACUUCCGUGAGCACAAAACCGAUUUUGUCUGAUAACGAGGUAGCAGAGCUGGCUGAGUCCAUGGAUUUCGUUGCAUUCGAUAUUCAGCAUGAUUUGGCUGGGAACAAGGCUUCAAUUGAACCUGAAGAUAUUGCUGUUGCUCAAACUGAAACCGGUGAUGAACAGACCGGCUAUCAAAAAUAUGUGCUUGGUGGGAAAGUGGCCUCUGAGGAAUCUCAAUCUCCGCCUCGUGGUGAUGGAGAAUCGGGGUCUGUGGAAGGUCUUAAACCACUUUUCAAAGUCAACAUUGGGUCCUCGCAAUCAAGCCCUGUCACAGGUUAUGAAGAGAAGGAGGCGUCAGAUUCGGUUCUCAAACAGCUUAACCCGAAGGAAAAAGGCGUUACAAAUUCAGCAGUUAUGAAAGAUAGGGAUCCAGAUCUUUCAUCAGUGGUCGUACACAAUUUGGAAGGCAAGGGGGCGCCACAAUUAUCUGAAGGAGCUAAGGAUGUAGGCGUGAGGCCAAUGGGAGGAUCUGAUGAUUUUUUGGAUCCAGGCCUCAUUGAAACCGAGUCUUUCUUAUGUGAAUUAGACUCCAAUCAAACGAUUCAAAUUUCUCUCGAUAAGUCGGCUGAUACUAUGCCCCCAAAGGAACCUAGGCUUAAUACGAUUCUAAACGUGGGUUACGAGGAAGGUCCUGACAAUUUGUCACGUCGUGAUGAAACGGAAUUCGACAAUUCACCUGGAGCUCUAAAAACUUCUGGGAGUCAAUUGUUAAACUGUACGCCUCCUGAUCCUGGUCAUGUCUUGGGUGGUUCAGUUAUUCAGCCCAAUAUAUCUGAAGGAGAAGCUGAACUAGUGUUGCAGGAAUCACUUAAACUGGUUCCUGAAUUAUCAGAUGGAGACAGUUUCAAGUCGUGUGUCUCGUUUGCUAGUAAAGAGCAAUCAGCCAUUCAACUCCCAGAUUCUACAUCCUUUGAAGCAUCAAAGGUUGAUGCAGAGGAUGCCAGUUGGGCCAAUUGUGAAAAUGCCAAAUCUUCGUAUCAGGUUGAUGUAGGGAGGAUAUCAGAGUAUUCCGCUUCAUCGCCACAUGAAGAGCCGUCAGCUAUUUCUUGGAUGGAUGCGGAGUUGCCUGAGACGGACAAAAACAAUACAAAUAGUGAGCUCGGUGAAAGGACAACAAUACAUGAAUCGUCUGAAAUACUUCACGUUGGUGACUCUCAUUUGGGUUCAGGGGACGUUCUCGUUUUGUCAUCGGAUGCUGAGCAUUUUGAUCAUUUCCAAGGCGGGAAGGAAAUAAUCAGUGAUGGUGAAACUAAUCUGAACUUACCUGUUGGUGAAGAGGGUGAUUGUAGUGGUACUCCAUUUGCUGAUCUGGAUGCUACUCAAGGUUUGAGAAAUGAAGAAAUGGAGUCCUCUGGUGCCGAUCAAAUGGCUUCACCCAAUGGUGACUCAGUAAAUGAUGCCAAUUUCAGUGCUGAAAAGGAGCAAACUAGUAGUGGUAAUGAUAUUAAGUCGUUGGAUUUUGAAUCACUUACUGGAGAUCCCCCACCACUCUCUGUUCUAGUUGGCCCCUUGGAACCAAUCUGUACUCUAGGCGAGUUUGAUAAAUUAGCGGAUUCCGUGAAAAAGCCUCUUGAAGAUGUCCAUCUUUUUGAAGACUUUGUAUCCGAUGAAUUGGCCCUUAAAGAAAGCCCAAUAGAACCAACAGUUCAGACGAGCUUUGGGGCAAACGAAGUAACAGGGAUCGAUGAGCCGGGGACAAAACCAACCGUUCGAAAGAUACCCUCCCAACUAAAUUCUACAGAAGACUCAGAUCAACUCGAAUUCGACACCAAGUCUUCUGGAGUUUUUGUGGUCCAGGAGGGACUGUUUAACAAAACUGAACCAACUUCGCAAUCCAUGAAACCGGAAAUUUCGGAUCCUGCAGUGGAACAUGGCAUGGAAGGUAAAUUUGAAGAAUUGAACAUCACAGAAACGACUGAUCUCGAUAAUCUUCGGUUCAGAACACCCUGGAGAGACAUCGAUCAGCUGGGUGAUUUGGAAAGUUCUUUUGUGGAAGCGACUGGUCUUGAAGUUAACACUCAGUCUGAUGAGCCAACUACUGGCUGCAAAGUUGACAGCAAUGGCUCUGAUGAGUGGAAAGUGGACGAUUGGAGGGAUGAUUCAGGAUGUCUACAGGAAUCAUCCGACCAAUUUCAUCAUGCUGACCUCUUGGGAGAUGUAAGUCCAAAUGGUAGCUAUUUUAUCACAUUUUUGGUGCUUGCAUUUACCCGUAAUAAAGCGCGUUUGCUGUUGGCAUUAAGCAGUGUAAUUUCUUGUGAUAAUCAAAUUUACCUACAACUUUUUUAA